AUGUCUGAAAAAUUAGAUAUUGCUGAUUUAACAGCUUUGAAUGCCAUUGCUGCAGGUUCAAAUAGGAAAAAUCCUAGAAUUGUUGCUGCUGGUAUUGGUGGUAAAUUAAUGGGUACUAAAUCAUUAGUUGAAGUCACAGCUGAACAAUUAACUGAAGAUUUAAACAAUAAGAAAAAUUUAACUUUAGCUGAAAGAGAUGAAUUAGAAAAGUUGAAAUAUGAAAAGGUUAAACAUAUUUCUGAACAACCUUGGACUUUAUCAAAUUGGUACAAACAUAUUAAUUGGCUUAAUGCUAUCUUAGUUGUAUUCCUUCCAGCUUAUGGUAUUUACCAAGCUUCUAAAUAUGUUCCAGAUUACAAGACCUUAAUCUUAGGUUUCACUAUGUACGUUAUGUCUGGUUUAUCAAUUACCGCAGGUUAUCAUAGAGGUUGGGCUCACAAGGCUUAUGAAAUGACUUUACCAGUCAAACUUUUCUUCGCAUUAUUUGGAGCUGGAUCAAUCCAAGGUUCAAUCAAAUGGUGGUCUCAUGGUCACAGAAUUCAUCAUAGAUAUACUGAUACCAAGAAAGAUCCUUAUGAUGCUAAACAAGGUUUCUGGUAUUCUCACAUGGGUUGGAUGUUGACCAUUCCAAAUCCUAAACACAGAGCAAGAGCUGAUAUCUCAGAUUUAAUUUCUGAUCCUGUUGUUAAAUUCCAACAUAAACAUUAUUUAUCAUUAGUCAUUUUUAUGGCUUUUAUCUUGCCUUCUUUAAUUGCUGGUUUAGGUUGGGGUGAUUAUUGGGGUGGUUUCAUUUAUGCUGGUAUUUUAAGAUCUUUUGUUAUCCAACAAGCUACUUUCUGUGUUAAUUCUUUAGCUCAUUGGAUUGGUACUCAACCAUUCGAUGACAGAAGAACUCCAAGAGAUCAUCCAUUAACUGCAUUAGUCACUUUCGGUGAAGGUUAUCAUAAUUUCCAUCAUGAAUUCCCAUCCGAUUACAGAAAUGCUUUAAAAUGGUACCAAUACGAUCCAACUAAAGUUACUAUUUGGGUAUUAUCAAAAUUAGGUUUAGCUUAUAAUUUAAGAACUUUCAGCCAAAAUGCCAUUGAUCAAGGUGUUUUCCAACAACAACAAAAGAAAUUGAACCAACAAAAAUUAAAAUUACAAUGGGGUUCAGAUGUCAAUUCUUUACCUGUUUGGGAUAGAGCUGAAUUUAAUGAAAAAGCUAAAAAAGAUGGUUUGAUCUUAAUUGGUGGAAUUAUCCACAAUGUUAAAUCUUUCAUCAAAGAACAUCCUGGUGGUCAAGCUUUAAUCAGAGCUUCAUUAGGUAAAGAUGCAACUGAAGCUUUCAAUGGUGCUGUUUAUGCUCAUUCAAAUGCUGGUCAUAAUUUAUUAGCUAACAUGAGAGUGGCGGUUUUAAGAGAUUCAGAACCUGUUGAAAAUACUUUUGCUGCUCAACAAGAAUAUUUGGAUAAAUUAAAACUUUGGAAUUAG